ACAUGUUGGGGCCCCGUCCUUUCUCCUGAAUGAGUCCGAGAUAUUAUUCAGGCCUGGGGCAGUUGUGGAUAAGCUCUGGGGCCCCAAACCAAAUGUUAAAAGAGCAACCGGGUCCCCCAAACUUUCCUCUUGCAGUUUUCUCCUCUGUCUCGGGGACAAUAAUUAUCUGCCUCACCGUUUGGGUUCACCAUGUCGUCGAUUCCUUCAUUCAUGGGCUUCCGGGGCCACUCUCUUAGAAUCGCGCAGAUCUUAUUGAUCGUUAUACCGGCCUUCACCUUCUUUGGCUAUAAUCAGUCUGGUCUUGGUCCUCUUGCAACUCUACAGAGCUUUGUUUCUGUCUUCCCGCAGGUCGAUACAGUCAACAAUGACGGCGGAGCCACAGGAUUGUAUGCAACCCGUAAGGGAGGUGUCAUUGCCUCUUUUCAAGUGGGGGCCCUGUUUGGUUCUCUCUCUGUGAUUCCUUUAGGCGACAGGUUGGGCAGACGGAAUUGUAUCGUCCUUGCGUCUAUCAUUUCCAUAAUUGGUCAAGUCCUUCAGGUGGCUUCUUGGAAUUUGAUCCAGUUCGUGAUCGGCCGGGUUGCCCUGGGCUUUGGUAUCGGUCAAUACAGUGUUGCAGUACCAGUAUGGCUGGCCGAAUGCUCUUCUGCCUCGCAUAGAGGACGAGAUGUCAUCACCACUGGAAUAGCCAUGACCCUCGGCUAUGCCUUGAGUAACUGGUUGGACCUUGGCUUUUACUUUAUCCCACACUCAUCCUUGCAAUGGCGACUACCACUAGCCGUGUCCCUCGCACUGACCCUAAUCGUUAUUGUGGCCAUCUUCUUUCUGCCAGAAUCUCCACGCUUCCUGGUCAGUGUUGGCAAGACACAACAAGCUACACACAACCUAGCAGCAUUGAGGAACCUUCCUGAAGACGACCAGACCAUCCAAACUGAGAUUGCGCAGAUUGAAUCCGCUGUCGAAGGCGUUGCUGUCCAGAAAGCCUCUCUAAUGGAGAUGUUCUCCAAGGAUGACAAUGAGAGAAUGUUCUACCGGUUUUGCCUUUGCUUCGCCCUCCAAUUCUUCCAGCAGGCUUGUGGUGGCACUCUCAUCUCUGUAUAUGCUUCCACGAUUUUCGAAGAAAACCUCGGACUUGCGCCAAUCACCGCCAAAAUCUUGGCAGCUAGUACAUUAACAUGGAAAUGGCUCUGUUGUUUUCUGGCCUUCUUCGCCAUUGAUCGCCUCGGUAGACGCACCGUUUUCAUGAUCAGCGGUGCCGGUAUGUCUCUUUCAAUGGCGGCGCUCGCAGUCAGCUCCAGCUUUCCCAGCACCAACUACGGGGCAUCUAUUGCUUCGGCAUUCUUCAUAUUCAUCUUCAACGUGUUCUAUCCCUUUGGCUUUCUGGGAGGCAAUUUUCUGUAUUGCACAGAGGUCGCUCCUAUGCGUCUCCGCGUCGCCAUGAAUUCCAUUUCAACGGCCAAUCACUGGCUUUGGAACUUUGUUGUUACCAUGGUAACCCCUGUGGCAUUGGCUACUAUCGGGUAUAAAUACUACAUCAUCUACGCCAUUGUUUCCGCCUUGAUCCCCAUUGUGGUCUUCUUCUUCUAUCCCGAGACGAUGAACAGGAACUUGGAGGCGAUAAACGGCGUCUUCAAAGACGCUUCCUCGCCGUGGGACAUUGUUGUCAUGGCUCGAAAAUUGCCUCAAGGAGAGCUCGCCGAUCAGGAGCAACGAGACAAGAAAGAGUUUGAAGAGAAGGAGCUUGCUUAAGAUAUUUGCUGUGGCGUGGAGUUCGUGGGACUUAUUAUUCAUGAGAUUUUCUAUUGAACCAUUGAUGACUUGUGGAAUGAAUUAUGAAUAGCUUUGUGCUUAUAAUCUGUGCUGAGA